AUGUCGCCGAAGAAGAGGGAUCCUCCACUUACUGACUAUGAACUUCAGCGGAUGAGAAAGUGUUUUCGCAACAACGCAAAGAUGCGGAAACUAGGACUUCUUGUACUAGCUAGACUUUUUGCGAACACUAGGAUUUCCCCAGUAAUCAAGCAGCAGAAGGAAACAAAAAACUCUGGUUUGGAGUACAAUGGUGAGGAUGAGCCUAACAAUGAUGGCCAUCUAAGUGAUGAUGGCCUAGAACCGGAGACAGAGUUGGGGUGUACACUUGCUAGUUUAUCAUAUAAGAAGAAGAAGAUAACAACAAAGGUUACCAAGAGAGGUGUUCACAAGGCGCAAACUGAGAUGCAACCUGGUGUUCUCACAAGGUCACAUAAGAAUCGUCCAGCUGAUGUUACUGCAGUGACUAAUCAAGCUAAAAUCUGCAAUCAGCCUACAGAGGAAGAUGACCCAUUUGAUGAGGAGGACUGGAUGAGGGGACCUAAUAUUGGGAGAGAACUUGAUUCAAUGACUCGCUCGAGGAAAGGCAAACUUUCUUUGGUUAUUGAACCGGGGAAGAAAAGACCGAACUCAGUGAUGAUUGCUGCAAAAUUUGCAACUGAGUGCAACAUUGCAGUAAGGAACCAUGUUCCGAUAUUUCCACAUUGGAAGGAGUACAAGAAACAUUACUGA